AUGAUUGAAAAUCAUUCCAAUACGAAUGGAGACAUCGAUCGAUGGAUUGAAUGGAUUAAAGAUUGCAAAUAUUUGCCUGAAACGGACUUUAAACAAUUAUGCACAAUUAUCUCAGAUAUUUUCUUUGAAGAAUCGAAUGUUCAACCCGUUUUCUCUCCAGUAACCAUCUGUGGCGAUUUGCAUGGGCAAUAUUAUGAUGUUCAAGAAUUAUUUCGUACCGGAGGCUAUCCGCCCGACACGCAGUAUAUCUUCAUGGGAGAUUUCGUCGAUCGGGGUUACUACAGUUUAGAAACAUUGACACAAUUACUUGUUUUCAAAGCUAAAUGGCCCGAUCGUGUAACGUUGUUACGUGGUAAUCAUGAAUCACGACAAGUAACUCAAGUUUAUGGAUUUUAUGAUGAAUGUAUGAAAAAAUAUGGCAAUGCCAAUUUAUGGAGAUUUUGUUGUCGUUUAUUUGAUCUUAUGCCAAUUGGUGCAUUGAUUGAUAAUGAAGUUUUAUGUAUUCAUGGUGGACUUUCACCAAAUAUAGGUACAAUUGAUCAAAUGCGCACGAUUGAACGUGAUCAAGAAAUUCCUCAUCAUGGUGGUUUCUGUGACUUGAUGUGGUCCGAUCCCGAUGAUAUUGAUUGGUGGGCAAUAUCACCACGCGGUGCAGGAUGGUUGUUCGGUGAAAAACCAACAAGUCAAUUCAUGCAUAAUAAUCAAUUAAGUUUGAUUUGUCGUGCACAUCAACUUGUUCAAGAAGGUAUUAAAUUCAUGUUCGACGAACAUCUUGUGACUGUAUGGUCAGCACCCAAUUAUUGCUAUCGUUGUGGGAAUAUCGCUGCUAUUCUUGCUUUUCAUACAGCUACGAAUCAUGAGACGAAGUUAUUCAAUGCCGUUCCUGAAGAUCAACGAGUUGUCCCAUCGAAAACGACGACGCCGUAUUUUCUUUGA